AUGCCUUCCUCGGGCAAUAGCCGAAACCACUAUGCUGGCCUUGCCGGGCUCAUGGGUCCCAACUUUGACCAAGGCUUCGGUAUCUUCAAGAGGUUCUCGCAACUGAACGCACGCAACCUCUUAUACAUGCAAGCAGAGCUACUAGGAUUGCAACAUGAGUUGAACAUACUGACAGGCCGCGACAACGCCGGCUUAAACAUCACUUUCGCGAGUAAUGUAUGGGACAUGCGAAGCGCGGACAGUAGCGAGCAAUGGACUAAGAUUCUCGAGAUUCGUCAGAAACUACGAGAGUACAAUGAUUGUCUGAUCCAGCAGACCCGAAUAGCGAAGAUGGAUAAGACAAACAAGUACGAUCUUGAGUUACUGAUCUUCUGGCUGGACCACAAAGAUGGCGGCGACAUGUUCCUGACAGGGUUGGAAGGUCAAGUUUGGGAUGAGGAAUACCUCUCAGAUUUAAUCUCCAUAUCGAGUCGCGCUUCCACGGAUGGUUUCCAGAGAUGGUUCCAGGAGCGAUUACUACCACGGCUUCACCACAGCCUGCUAGACCUCUGGAGAGAACCCAUGCCUGGUGCCGAAGGUACCGGUAUCUCACGGACCAAUGGUAGGCUACUCACUGGUAUGAGCCGCACAGUCAACAUCACGCUGUCAUCUCUGAUCCCUUCGGUUGCCGUCUUGGCAUUAUACUUCAUUGACAGGCUUCCAUACCGCUUGUUAGCGAUCACAGGAUUCUCUUUCACUUUCUCGCUUGUACUCGCCGUCUUCACUACCGCUCGGCCUAUCGAGAUAUUCACCGCUACUGCAGCAUUCGCCUCCGUGCAGGUUGUCUUUGUCGGUGGUACCACAGGCGGGGAAGGGGUUGCGCAGUGCUCGUGUACGCCUUAG